GCCACUGAGUCACCAUAGAUGGCAUUUUUGAGGCUCACCGCGGCUUGUGUCCCCCAAAAAGAAGCAAGACCUAUGCCAAUCCCUUUGUCAGAGCCAGAUGGUGCGACCAGCACGGCCGGCGUGGCUGGCGCGGCUCCCGUGGUGUCCCUCUUGUCGCAAAAGGUGAAAGCUGGCAACGAGCAUGUGAAAGGCCUCGUGGCUAACUUGUGGCGCUCACGAGAGGAUGGAGACUUUGUUUUCAAUGUUUGUGGAGGUUCCUUGAGAGCUCACGGAUGUAUUUUGUCUGCUGCAUCCCCGGUCUUUAAAGCCAUGCUGUCCAGCGGAAUGUCAGAGGGCCUUACCUCCUCUGUGUCUGUGGAUGCGGAUCCGUCGGAGUUGCUGGCGAUGCUUCGCUUCAUUUACUUGGGCGAGUUGGAUGCCACCGGACAGCAGCUUCCAGGUGUCUUGGAGCUAGCUCACAAGUACGAGGUGCUGAACCUCAUACCUCCGGUGUGUGAAGCAAUGAUUGAUCAGUUGACCACUGACAAUGCGGUCUCCUACGUACGUGUGUUGCGUCUGCUUGAGGGCGUGCCGUGUGAGUCCGAUAGGGAGGAGACUGUUAAGGAAUCCGCCGUGCAAGCUUGGAUGGCACUCCCUGGCACUGAGACCCUCCCAAGUGUUCCACCUGCCAACCGUGUGACCUGCACGGGACUAUCACAACCAGUGCAGCCUGUGGAGGCAGUCCUCUCCAAAGAGCAGCCUGCACUCGCCGAACCACCACCCACUCCUACAGGAGACGAGAGAGUCUUUGAGGCAUCUCCGAUUGCCAAAGCUUUCAGAGCAGUUGGCAGGAAGAUUGCCGGUGACCCUGAGCUCUUGAUGGCAACCUUGAGAUCGUUGUGACCUGAUUACCAGAUUUCUAUGUUUCACUGCUUUAGUCAAGAAGCGUCUGAAAGAGUCCGAUGCUUGAUCGAAAAACUCGCUCUUGUCCCAAAAGG